AGCAAUAACAGUGCAAGAAAGAUUAGCUGUUACAUUACGAUUUUACGCAUCUGGUGAUUCUUAUUCAAGUUUGCAGGUUACUUUUAGAAUGUCCAAUCAGAUUAUAAGUUGUAUUAUCAAAGAAGUGAGUGAAGCUAUAAUUGGAUGUUUAAAAGAAAAUAUACUGUUACCUAGCAUACCAGAUGGUUGGCUAAAUUUGGCUGAAAACUUCAAUAACCAGUGGAAUUUCCCUCAUUGUGUCGGCGCUAUAGAUGGCAAACAUGUAGUCCUGCAAGCCCCAUACAGAAGUGGAAGCGAUUACUAUAAUUUUAAAGGUUUUUUUAGUAUAGUUCUAUUUGCGGCUGUGGAUUCAAAUUACAAUUUAAUAUAUAUAAACUGUGUGGCUGUCAAGGGAGAAUCUCUGAUGGAGGAGUAUUUAAUAAUUGUAAUUUGUAUACUAAAAUGCAGAAUAAAUCUUUGAAUCUACCACAGCCAAGAGCAUUGCCGAUGCGGAACAAAGAAAUUCCUUAUUAUUUUACUGGGGAUGAAGCUUUCGCAUUAUCAGAAAAUAUAAUGAAAGUGUAUUCAGGACAUCAUCGUAAAGGAACAAAGGAGAGAAUUUAUAAUUACAGACUUUGUAGAGCACGGAGAGUAGUCGAAAAUGUGUUUGGCAUUAUGUCAGCAGUUUUCAGAGUGUUGCGGAAACCCAUGUUAUUGCAACCAGAAAAUGCUACUUUAGUAGUUAAUGCCAUAGCACACCUACAUAACUUCUUACGAAGAAAUCGGCAAAGUAGGGAUUUGUACACACCUCCGGGAUCUUUCGACAGGGACAAUUUAGGAGUAAUCACACCAGGAUCUUGGAGGGCUGAUACCGAAGAAAAUACUGGUUUAAUGGAUUUGGAUGAACAACAAGAAGCAGCACAAAUAGUUCCUCAAGAGAUACGUGAAGAAAUUAGUAAUUAUUGUUCGCAAGAAGGAGCAGUACCAUGGCAAAACGAAUAUGCUUAAUGUUUAUUAAUGUCCUGCUUUAUUUAGCCUUGAUAGGUUAAAAAAUAUUUAAAACUUGUGUAAACAGAUAUUAAAUGUAAUAUACAUAAUAUACUAACUGAA